AUGGCGCGUAACGCGGGAAUGAACAUCGCCGACCCCGUCUCGAGCGCUAUCAAGGGCGUCGAGUUCGGGGUUUUGAGCGCCGACGAGAUCAAGAGCUUGUCGGUCAAGCGUGUCACGGCCGCGGUCACGUUUGACACAUUGGGCCACCCGGUCCCCAAUGGACUGCACGACUUGGCGCUGGGAGCCGCGAUGGGCUCGCCUUGCGCGACUUGCAAUUUGGACGAGUUCCGUUGCCCUGGACACACCGGCCACAUCGACUUGCCUGUCCCCGUCUACCAUCCUACAUUCAUGGACCAAUUGCUCCGCCUCCUCCGCGCACAGUGCCAGUACUGCCACGGUUUCAAAAUGUCGAAAGUGACCACGCACCUUUACUCUUGCAAGCUGCGCUUGGUCCACCACGGACUUUUGAAGGAGGCCGCAGAGCUCGAGAUGAUCGAGGCUCCGAAUGUGAAGGGGUCGAAAGAGGAGGGCGAGGACGUCGAGUCCGAGGACAGUGAUGCCGACGCGCAGGACAUUAUUCAAAAGCGUGAGGCCUACGUCAAGCGUGCCCUAAAGGAUGCUGGCAUUCGCAAAAAGUCCGAGUGGUCGCAGAAACGGGCCGAGGCGGUCGCUGAGGAACGGAGGUACAUCAUCAAGGACUUCCUUACUGACAUCAACAAGCCGCGUAAGUGCGGCAACUGCGGCGGCAUCUCGCCCAACUUCCGCAAGGACCGCUACGUCAAGAUUUUCAAAAAGGCCCUCAGCAAGAAGGACAAGAAUGCGAUGAUACAAAAGGGCAUUAAGACCGCUGCGCCGAUCGUCGAAGAAGUCGCCAGGAAACGGGCGCUGAAGGCCGCCAAGAACAAGGACGGCUCCGAUCGCAUGGACGUCGACGAGGGCGUCGCCGACAUGGAAGAGGAGUCCGAGGGCGAGUCGCUCGACGCGGACGAGGAGAUUGCUGGAGGCCUGAUCGCUGAUGCGUCCACGACCGCGACGAAGAAGAAGCAAAAUGCCGAAGAAGAUGCCGAGGGCCAGUCCUACGUCAGCUCUUCGGAGGUCCUAUACAGCCUCGAGCGGCUGUUCCAAAAAGAGCAGGACGUCCUGUCGCACGUCUACGGUCCGCGUUCGCGCAGGAAGGGUGGAAAGGUCAGCGCCGAGAUGUUCUUCAUCAAGGCCUUGAUCGUGCCACCGAACAAAUUCAGACCAGAGGCUAAGACGGGAGACUCGAUCGCCGAAGCUUCCGUCAACUCGCUCUACAAGGGGAUUCUGUCUGCUUGCGACACGAUCAACCAGAUCGUGCAGGAGAUCAAGAGCGGCUCUGGCCUGCAAGGGCGACCGGCGAGGACGUACGACUCGCUCCAGGACGCCAUCGUCGGACUCCAAGACGCCACCAACUCGCUGAUCGACCGCGAUCGCAACCCCACGCAGGGUGCCGCUGGCAAGAGGAACGAGGAUGGCAUCAAGCAGAAGCUCGAAAAGAAGGAGGGUUUGUUCCGUAAGCACAUGAUGGGCAAGCGUGUCAAUUUCGCGGCUCGAUCGGUCAUCAGUCCCGAUCCCAACCUGAAUUCCAACGAGAUUGGCGUUCCGCCGGUCUUUGCGAAGAAGCUGCACUAUCCCGAGCCAGUCACGAGCCACAACUUUGACGAGUUGAAAGAGGCCGUUCUGAACGGCCCCGACAAGUGGCCGGGUGCCGUCGCCGUGGAAGAUGAGAACGGUAGCGUUAUACUCCUCGCUAAGAAGAACUACGAAGAGCGCGUCGCCAUCGCCAACCAGCUGCUCGCGCCUUCAUCUGGCGCCAGCUUCUCCGGGGCGAGGAACAAAAAGGUUUAUAGGCAUCUCAACAACGGCGACGUCGUCAUCAUGAACAGACAGCCGACCCUGCACAAGCCGUCCAUGAUGGUUCACAGAGCGCGCGUCCUGCCCGGAGAACGCACGAUUCGCAUGCACUACGCCAACUGCAACACCUACAAUGCGGAUUUCGACGGUGACGAGAUGAACAUGCACUUCCCCCAGAACGAGCUCGCCCGCGCCGAGGCCGCCAUGAUCGCGGAUGCCGACCACCAGUACCUCUCCGCGACGGCGGGAGCACCGCUGCGCGGUCUCAUUCAGGAUCACAUCACGAUUUGUGUCCUCCUGUGCUCCAGGGACACCUUUUUCAGUAAGGGUGACUACCAGAAUCUAAUCUACGCGGGCUUGAGGCCCGAGGACAACCACACGACCUCAGGCAGGCUCCUAACCGUUCCUCCGGCCGUUUGGAAGCCCCGCCCUCUCUGGACCGGCAAACAGGUCAUCACGACCCUUCUGAAAAACAUCAAGCCAGAGUCUCACGGGCCCCUCACAUUCACCUCGAAGUCGCAGACCGCGGCGGACAGAUGGGGCAAGGGCUCCGAAGAAGGCAACGUGCUCUUCAAGGACGGCGAGCUGCUCACAGGCAUCUUGGACAAGAAGCAGAUUGGACCUGCCGGCGGCGGUUUGGUCAACGCGGUCUACGAGGCCUACGGUCAUACCGCUGCCGGCCGCGUGUUGAGUGCUCUGGGAAGGUUACUCACGAAACUGCUUCACAUGUGGGCGCAUUCGUGCGGUGUGGAAGAUCUGAUUCUCACGGCCGAAGGUGAACAGGCUAGGAGAGAGGCGCUGCAGGCCGCGGAGACGGUGGGCCUCGAAGUCGCGUCGAAAUAUGUCUCUCUGAACAGCGGUGGCAAACUUCGAUCCGACAACCCGGAGCUUUUGAGGCGCUUGGAAACCGUGCUCCGCGACGACUCGAAGCAGCACGGUCUCGACCAGCUCACCAAUGCUGCUUCCGGCAAGGUUUCGUCAGCAGUCACGUCGGCCUGCCUGCCGAACCACCUGAUCAGGCAGUUCCCGGCGAACCAGAUGCAGCGUAUGACGGGUACCGGUGCCAAGGGCAGUCCGGUCAACGCCAACCUGAUUUCCUGCAAUCUCGGCCAGCAGGUCCUGGAAGGUAGGCGUGUGCCUGUCAUGGUCAGCGGCAAGACGCUGCCGUGCUUCAAGCCGUUCGAGUCGAGCGUCAGGGCAGGCGGCUACGUCGUCGACCGUUUCUUGACCGGUAUCAGACCCCAGGAGUACUACUUCCACACCAUGGCCGGUCGUGAGGGUCUUAUCGACACCGCCGUCAAGACUUCCCGUUCCGGCUACCUGCAACGCUGUCUGAUUAAGGGCAUGGAGGGCCUCAAGGUCCACUACGAUACCACCGUGCGCGACUCGGACGGCUCGAUGAUCCAGUUCCUCUACGGCGAGGACGGUUUGGAUCCUACCCGGGUGCGGUACCUCAACGACUUCCGCUUCUCUGCCGAGAACUUCAAGUCCGUCUUCGAGUCCAUGGACGUUAGAGGACAGCUGUCGAAGCUGCAGAAUGAGGAGGCGAGCGAGUGGAACAAGACCGCCUCGAAAAAGUACCGCAAGACUGGAGACCUCGGCUGCAUGGAUCCCGCGCUCGCCCAUUGGAACCCCAGCCGCUGGGCGGUCACCUCGGAGAGCUUCUUCCAGGCGAAGAAGAAGUACCUCGACGAUAAUCCCGACAAGCUCAUCAAGGACAAGAAGCAAAACAUCGAGACCGGUCUGUCAAAGAAGACGUUUAACGCCCUGCUCGACAUCAAGUAUCUGAAGUCCCUGAUCGAGCCUGGUGAGGCCGUCGGAGUGGUUGCGGGCCAGUCCAUCGGCGAGCCAUCCACCCAGAUGACGCUCAACACUUUCCAUUUGGCCGGUCACUCGGCGAAGAACGUCACGCUCGGUAUUCCCCGUCUCCGUGAAAUCGUCAUGACGGCUUCGGCUGCCAUUUCGACGCCGAGCAUGACGCUGUACGUGAACGAUGAGGUCACCAAGGAGGAGAGCGAACGCUUCGCCAAGGGUAUCAGCCGCCUGUCGCUCGCUCAGAUCGUCGACGAUGUGACCGUGAGCGAAACGAUUGGUCGCGGCGUCGCGUACACUCAGGCGAAGAUCUACAGGAUCCGCUUGAAUUUCUUCCCCGCCAAAGAAUACUGCCAGGAGUACGCCAUCACCGUCAGGGACGUCGAGCGUGCAAUCGAGACCAAGUUCCUCCACCGCUUGGGGAAGCUCGUUCGGGACCUCAUCAAGAAGAAGGGCCAAGAGAAGACGCUCAAGACGGCCGCGAAGUCGGAUGCGCUGCCCGAGGUCGGCAAGUCUUCUCGGACGGUGAAGCAGCACCAGGGUCGCCCUCAAGCCGAGGGAGAGGAGGCGGACGAGGGAGACGGAGUCGACGAUGACGAGGAUGGCGACGACGACGACGACGACGACGAUGCCACCAACGACAAGCAAAAGGCCAACCGCCAGAUGGCCACCUCAUACGAGAACCCCGACGAUGAAGAGGAGGCGAUCGCAGCCGAAGGCCGCCGGAGGGACGCCACUCCCGAGCCCAUGGAUGAGGACGAAACGUACGGCGGCAGCCCCAAGCCUGGUCAGACCUCUGAUGACGACUCAGACGACGACUCGGCAUCCAAGCCGCGCAAGAUUAGCAAGGUUGCGGUUAUCGAGAGGGAACAGAGGUUGAUGUCAAAGGUUGAAGACUUGACGUCGUUCAAGUUUGACGACAAGAAGGGCCAGUGGUGCGAAGUCGUGUUUGAGUACCCCGUCGCAACCGCCAAGCUUCUGAUGCUCAAUCUCGUCGAAACUGCCUGCAAGGAUGCAGUUAUCCAAGCCAUCCCGGGCAUCAAGGCCUGCUUGGCGACGCAGGAGAAGGUUGGCAACGUGGACAAGAACGUGGUGCUGGUGGACGGAUCCAACAUGAUUGCGCUCCGCGACUACCAAGACGUGCACGAUCCGCACAAGAUGUACACCAACGACAUCGCCCAGAUCCUCCGCCUCUACGGCGUGGAGGCUGCGCGUGCGAGCAUCGUCAGGGAGAUGUCGGCCGUCUUCGGCGGUCACGGUAUCUCCGUCGACAACAGACAUCUUAACCUUAUCGCCGACGUGAUGACCAGAGGCGGUGGCUACACGGCCUUUAACCGCAUCGGUCUCAAGAGCAACGUCUCGCCGUUCAUGAAGAUGAGCUUCGAGACCACGGUCGGCUUCCUAAAGGACGCGGUGUUGGAGGAGGACGUGGAUACUUUGGACAACCCCAGUGCCAGGAUCGUCGUCGGCAAGCUCAACAACGUCGGCACGGGCUCCUUCGAUGUUCUCACGCCGGUGGCUUAG